CUCUGGUUUUCGGUAGUGGGGUUUUGGUUAGGGUUUUUUAGAUCAGUGCUUCGCCGGAAACAUGGGUGAGAGUAGGAUGACCGGGAAGGUGAAGUGGUUCAGUGACCAGAAGGGCUUUGGGUUCAUAACCCCAAACGAAGGCGGAGACGAUUUGUUCGUUCACCAGUCUUCGAUCCUUUCCGAGGGUUUCCGCAGCCUUGCUGAUGGCGAAGAGGUCGAGUUCGUUAUCGACUCUAAUGAAGGUCGCCCCAAGGCUGUCGAUGUUACUGGCCCCAACGGUGAUCCCGUUCGCGGAACCUCUAGAUCCGAACGUGGCGGAGGUCGUGGCGGCGGAGGAUAUGGUGGGGCUGGGUAUGGUGGAGGAAGAGGAGGUGGGUAUGGUGGUGGAAGAGGAGGUGGGUAUGGUGGUGGAUCUGGGUGUUUCAAGUGUGGGGAGUCCGGGCAUUUAGCAAGGGAUUGUGGACAGGGCGGUGGCGGAGGUGGUGGUUUGGCUUGUUACAACUGUGGAGGUUCCGGGCAUUUCGCUAGAGACUGCACAAACAAUGGUCGCUAAGACGGUGGGGGUCGAAUGGCUUUCACAUUUCCUUCAUCGUCGUCUUCGUUAUUAAAGUAUGUUUGACCUUUUGAAUUUUUUUUCUUUUUACAUGUGUUUAUGAACUAAGUAUUCCUAGUUUGUUUGGCUUCUGCUUCUGCUUUUAUACUAGGCUUCA